GACUAAAAAUAUUAGUAUAAUGUUCUGAGUUCUGACACUAUUAUUUAUCGGUAGUUCCAAAGUGAUUGUUGUAUUGUGUUGAGUUGAAUCGUGGAAGCAAAAAACAAAGAGAAAAUGAAAAUCUAUCACGUUCCUUGCUUGGAAGACAAUUAUUCAUAUUUGAUUGUUGAUGAGAGUACCAAAGAAGCUGCGGCUGUGGACCCAGUUGAACCCGAGAAGGUUCUAGAAGCUUCUAAUUCUCUCGGUCUUACUAUCAAAUUCGUCCUCACUACUCAUCAUCACUGGGAUCAUGCUGGUGGAAACGAGAAGAUAAAGGAAUUGGUGCCUGGAAUCAAGGUCUACGGUGGCUCAAUUGAUAAUGUCAAAGGCUGUACUAAUGCACUUGAAAAUGGUGAUAAGGUGCAUCUUGGAGCAGAUAUUAAUAUUUUAGCCCUUCACACACCUUGCCACACCAAAGGUCACAUAAGUUAUUAUGUUACUGGCAAAGAGGAUGAGGACCCAGCUGUUUUUACUGGAGAUACAUUGUUUAUUGCUGGUUGUGGGAAAUUUUUUGAAGGAACUGCAGAACAAAUGUAUCAGUCACUCUCUGUAACAUUAGGUUCAUUACCAAAGCCAACUCGAGUUUACUGUGGCCAUGAGUACUCAGUGAAGAACCUGCAAUUUGCUCUGACAGUUGAGCCAGACAAUUUAAGGAUACUGGAAAAAUUAACCUGGGCUCAAAAUCAGCGGCAAACUGGCCAACCAACAAUUCCCUCAACCAUUGGGGACGAGUUGGAAAGCAACCCAUUUAUGCGGGUUGAUCUACCUGCAAUCCAGGAGAAGAUGGGGUUCAAUUCACCAGUUGAAGCUUUAGGAGAAUUAAGGAAGGUGAAAGACAAUUGGAGGGGCUAAUGAAACCAACCUUCUCAUUCACUCCUGUUUCAUUUUCCUCUUUUGUCGAAUACAUAUUAAUAAAGGCAUGUAUGUAUUAUGUAUAUACUUGAACAGUUUGGUUUGCAUGAAAUUAAAAUGGCAGUGUCAGAGGCAUGUCAUGUUAGGGACAUGGAUUGUGAUUAGCACUGUCGGAUACAUGUAUGUUAAUGUUGGUUUGUCCAAAUACUAAGAUGUCCCAUUUCAUUCAUGUCAUUUACUUGUGAACUUAACAACUAUUUUCUCCUUUA